AUGGAACGCUUGAUUGCAUGUCGAAAUGCAUUGCUGACGCAAUUAAGAUGGGAGCAUAUGGAAGCUGGUAAACUUCACGAGAGGAACGCAUCCCUCGGGGAAGCAAAAGAUCGGCUUGAGCAGCUAACGGAGGUGGCUGGGAGCUUCCGCCUUACACAGCGAGAAAUCGAAGAAAAUCAACCCGAUCCAGAUGCAGUUGCAUCGGUACACAAUUAUCGAGAGGAAUUUACUGCGCAAUAUUAUCAGGCGAAAAACAUUUUGGAAGAGUAUAUUGCGCAGUUGGAGGAGCAUAACCUAGAAACGAACUCGGUGGCCAGUGAUAGGACGGUUGUUGAUACAUGUCAAGACCUGAAGGAGGCCAUGAAGAUGUUGAUUGAAGUGCAGCGAGCGAUGCUGCUGAGUCAGUCGGCAACAAACAACAAUGUAAACCAAUUGUCAGGGAUGUUAGCGAAUGAUCAAGCUGGAGGAGAACAGGUAUCGAAUCGUUCACCUUUUUCAAACGUUAGGCUACCACCGAUAAAUGUACCUACGUUCAAUGGAGAGAGGAAGCAUUGGAUAUCGUUUAGAGACAUAUACGAAACCACAAUUCAUUCGCGAAAUGAUCUGAAAGAUUCUCAUAAAAUGCAAUAUUUGAUGUCGUAUCUCGAAGGAGAUGCACGACGUUUGAUAAGUUCUUUUGCUAUUUCGGAUGCUAACUACGGUGAAGCAUGGACAGCGUUAACAAACUUUUACGAUAAGAAAAAAUACACAGUGUUCGCUCUUGUUCGUGAGUUCGUGGACCAGCCAGCCAUAGUUUCUGCCACCUCCAGCAACCUACGCAAAAUCGUCACCACAUCGGAUGAGGUCAUUCGUCAACUAAACGCACUUGGUGAUGUGUACAACACUCGUGACCCAUGGCUGAUUUAUUUUCUUCUGGAAAAGUUAGACAAGGAUACUCGUUCUUUGUGGGCGCAAAGAAUUGUCGAUAUAGAGAAUCCAUCAUUUGACGAAUUUCUAAAGUUUCUGGAUGAUCGUUGUGAUGCUUUGGAAACAUGUACGGCGUUUUCUAAGAAGUCUGGUGUUGAUAGUAUAAAAAAGGAAAAUUUCAAAAAAAGUCUUCCAGUGGAGCGGAAGUAUCAUUCAUUACAUACAUCGACGGUUGCAGAAAAGUGCGCGAAAUGCUCUAGUGAGCAUCCGAUAUUUCAAUGUGAAGAAUUUAAAAAAAUGGAUUUGCAAGGGAAACGUGAACUUGCACAAAAAACGAGGUUGUGUUAUAAUUGUUUGCGAUCAUCGCACAAUGUGAAGCAAUGCUCUUCAAAGUCAGUGUGUCAUAACGCAAAUUGCAAAAAGCGACAUCAUACGCUUUUAUGUCCAGCAGGUGUUGUCAAUUAUAAACGGCCAGAUAACAAUAAGGAAGCGAAACCGUCUACAGAAGAAACAGAACCUGUAAUCAAUACUUUGAUGGCGCAGGUGCCAAAAGACGUAAAAUUGGUGCCGAUAUUGCCAACAGCAGUUAUCCGUGUACGAAACGCUCAUGGUAUUCUGGGACACGCUCGAGCGCUGAUAGAUUCGGGAUCCGAGGCUUCAUUGAUUACGGAGCGUUGUGUGACUAAGCUCGGUCUGCAGCGUACCAAUGGAAAGUUUGUGGUUUCUGGUCUUGGGCAGCAACAAACUGGAACUACACGGGGCAUCGUUAAACUUGCAUUAGCCAACCGAUUCAGUGACACGGUUCUUUUGCAAACGAAGGCUUUCGUAAUGGGUAAACUGACGUCUACACUACCGGCUCAAAGUUUAAAAGUCAGCGCAAAUCUCUUGGACAAGCGAGUACAGGAGCAUUUAGCUGAUCCGGGUUUCAACCAACCAGGACCAAUAGACAUAAUUUUGGGAUCAGAUGUUUUUCUUGCGCUUUUAGCACCAGGCCAAGUCAAAGACAACUCUGGAUUUCCCAUAGCGCAGAGCACCAUAUUUGGAUGGAUUGUGUCUGGGAAUCACGCAAUUUGCACUCCUGGAAUUAAUGCCAAUCUAUCAGUGAUAAAUCUGCACACAGAAAUUGAUCUUAACCGUACUUUACAGAAAUUCUGGGAAAUAGAGGAAAUGCCAAACCAAAAACAGUAUACUCCAGCAGAAAAGAAAGCAUUGGAUUUUUUUCAUGCUACACUCUCACGAGAUAAGUCAGGACGUUUCAUGGUACGACUUCCUUUCGACGAUUCGAAACCAAAUUCAGGAAAAUCCUUCCCUGCAGCUCUCAGGCGGCUUGUGGCAAUAGAGCGGCGUUUUCAUACGGAUUCAGAGUUUGCAAAGCAGUAUUCAGAUUUUCUUACCGAGUAUCUUGCAUUAGGACAUAUGGAAGAAAUCCCAGUGAGUGAAGUGGAUAUAAAGGACAGCGAAUGUUUUUACCUUCCCCACCAUGCAGUAGUGAAGGCAGAAAGUACGACAACUAAACUAAGAGUUGUUUUCGACGCAUCUAGUGCGUCAUCAACCGGAAUGUCUCUGAAUGACCGACUUUUGGCGGGACCCAACGUCAACCAAGAUUUGUUCUCGGUUUUUCUACGAUUUAGAGCUAACAAGGUGGCCUUUGCCGCGGACGUUGAGAAAAUGUACCGUCAAGUGUUGGUUCAUCCGCUGGACAGAAAUUUUCAACGUAUUGUGUGGAGAAGUAAUCCAGAGGAACCAAUUAAGCACUAUCGCUCGUGCACGGUUACGUACGGAACGAAAUCUGCUCCAUUCUUGGCAAUUGAAGCAUUAAAGCAAGCAGCUCGUGAAUAUCAAACUGUUUUUCCUGAGGCGGCACGGAGAAUAGAAAUGGAUACGUAUGUUGAUGACUUUCUUUCUGGAGCGAAAAACAUCGAAGAAGCACGAGAGUUGAAAAACCAGGCAACGGAGAUUCUACAUUCGGCAGGCUUUAAUUUGCGUAAAUGGACUACAAACUGUCCUGAGUUACUUUGUGACGAAGCAGAUGGCCCAGAAUCAGUUGAUGUGAAAUGGGUCGAUCAACCAGAUACAGUCAUGGCUCUUGGUAUACGCUGGUUACCACAAGAAGAUGUCUUUUCGUUUAAAAUAUUUCAGCCAGUCAGCACUGUGAACACCAAACGGCAGCUACUUUCGGACUCUUCGAAGUUGUUCGAUCCAUUUGGUUGGAUUUCUCCAGUAACAAUUCGCAUUAAAAUUCUUUUCCAGCAACUUUGGCUAUAUGAUAUGUCGUGGGAUGAUCAACUCCCUCCAGUAAUAGAAUCAAUGUGGACAGACAUUAAGCAACAGCUUUGCAAUAUCGAACAGGUUCGCAUUUCCCGGUUUGCAGCUAACUACAAUAGGAAAAUGGAAUUACACGGGUUUUCAGACGCAUCGGAAAUGGCAUACGGGGCAGUGGUUUAUUCUCGUUCAAGAGAUGAAAAUGGCAAGAUAGUUAUCACUCUAUUGGCAGCUAAAACCAGGGUAGCUUCAAUAAAACAAGUAACUUUACCACGACUCGGAUUGAGUGCAGCAGCUUUACUAACAGAGUUGAUGAAGCAAAUCACAAAUGCCUUUUCAAAUUUACAAUUAGAACACUGGGCAUGGACAGAUAGUUCAAUCGUCCUUGAUUGGCUCUCCGCUCAUCCUCGAAAAUGGCAAACGUUCAUUGGUAACAGAACGUCUGUGAUUUUAAACUUUCUUCCAAGAGAUCGUUGGAACCAUGUGUCAAGCCAAGAAAAUCCCGCAGAUUGUGCAUCAAGAGGUCUAAAUCCGGAGGAGCUUGUAACACAUCGAUUAUGGUUCCAUGGACCCGAAUGGUUAGGUAGGGACGUUAAGCAAUGGAAUUCGUUUUAUAUAGAGCGUAUUGACAAGGAGUCAACUGAAGAUUGUAAGGUCGAAUCAUUACACGCAACGAUUCUCAACGUUAGAACUAGUUUCAUGAUAGAAUCAGAGUUGUUGAGAAAGAGAUCGAGCUUUACUGUAAUUGUUCGCACAUUGGCAUAUAUUAAUCGAGUUAUACAAGUAUCCAAGAAACUGAGAAGCGAAGGAGAGUUGACACCUAGUGAACUUUACCAGGCAAAGAUACAAUUGGCCCAAACAGCACAACACGACAUCUUUGACAGGGAAAUUGAACUCCUUAGACAAGGCAAGGAAAUACCAUUCAGCCCACUAAACAAACUUCAUCCUUUCAUGGAUGAUGGUGGAACAUUGCGCGUAGGAGGACGUCUACAGUUUGCACCGUAUUCGUAUGACAUUAAACAUCCGAUAAUUUUGCCUCGUGAUCAUCGAGUGACCGAACUCUUGAUAUUAGAUCUCCAUCUACGAAAUUUUCACGCGGGACGUAAUCUGCUCUCUGCUACGAUCAAUCAGCAAUACUGGGUAGUUGGUCUCAGUACAGCUAUUCGUCGAGUAACAGAUGGGUGCAUUCGUUGUGUACGACUUAAAGGAAAGACAGCAACCCAGUUAAUGGGUAACUUACCCGUUCCUCGCGUAACUGCCACACGUGCUUUCACUCAUGUCGGUGUGGACUACGCUGGGCCAAUAAAAAUCAAUGCAUCCUGUGUACGAGUGCAUUUAGAAGUUGCCAGCGACUUAUCUACCAAUGUGUUUAUCGGUGCACUCAAGCGAUUUAUAGCACGCCGUGGCUAUCCCAGUGAGAUUUGGUCCGAUAACGGGACUAACUUUGUUGGGGCAGAUCGUGGCAUCAAGUGGGUAUUCAACCCUCCGGCAUCACCUCAUCGGGGUGGAAUUUGGGAGGCUGCUGUCAAAAGUACAAAGAAACAUUUGGUGGCAGUGCUCGGCACAACAGCAGUUACUUACGAGGAGAUGUCUACGAUCCUAUCGCAAAUCGAGGCAUGUCUAAAUUCUAGACCGCUGUGUCCUUUAUCCAGAGACCCUGACAGUUAUGAAGCCCUAACCCCGGGACAUUUUUUAAUAGGACAACCACUCAACCUGAUUCCAGAACCUGACCUUCGUUACAUUUCAUCCAACCGUUUGGACAAGUGGAAAUUAUUGCAGAAGCAGACUGUGGAAAUCUGGAGACGAUGGCGGGACGAGUAUUUAUCGAAUCUACAACUACGUACAAAGUGGCAGAUAACUAAGGCAAACGUUCAAGAGAAUCAGUUGGUAUUGGUGAAAAAUGAUAACGCCCCCCCAACACAAUGGGAGCUGGCUCGUGUUAAAAAGGUGCAUCCAGAUUCUGUAGGGAUAGUUAGAACGGUUACCUUACAGCGUGGCCAGGCAGAAUAUCAACGACCAAUUCAAAGAAUAUGUUUGUUACCAUCAGAUGCAAUUGAAACUGGACGUUUCAAGGCGGGGGAGAUUGUUUGA